ACUCCCCAUGGCCUGCACCAGUUGAACCUAACCAUUACUGGCAUGCGCUGAUCACAAGGAAGAUGUCAAAUGCUUCCCGGCAAGGCAAGCGCUGAAAUUGAUUACUACAUUUCCCUUUUUAUUCUUCUUUUUGCCCUUUUGAGCCAUUCUCAUCCCUUCAUUCAUUUUACCUACAAACUGCCACCAACUCCCAAGUACCCCAAUUUAUAUAUAAGUCCCGACAUCUAUUUAAGUGUAUUGCCUAUCUCAGCUUUUCUGUCUUUGCAUAGCUUGUUUUUUACUUCUUCAUGGAAUUGGACAGCAUUGCAAUCCAAGUAGAGAAAUCCAACUAAAUAGCUAUUCUUUCUGUAUUCAAAUUGUCUUCUUGAUCUCUUUCCAAAUAGCUUCUGUUUUUUUAUUAUUAUUAUUUAAGGGCAAACAACUGGUACGCACAUCAAUCCCAGCCCUCAUUUGUUGUAGUUUCUUUGGCAAAUUCCAAGGUGUUGGGAUGAAGAAAAGUUCAACCCUGAUCUGUGCACCACUAAUGGCUCAAUCCAUUGAGCAAAUGGUGAGCCAAAUGCACCAGGCAAAGGCACAAGGUGCUGAUAUGGUGGAGAUCAGGUUGGACUGCAUUGACAACUUCCAGCCCCGCAAUGACCUCGAAACCAUCUUGAGAAACAAGCCAUUGCCGGUUCUUACCGUGUACCGGCGAAAACAGGAAGGUGGUCUGUACGAAGGCGAUGAACGUGCUCGAGUCGAAGCACUUCAUUUGGCUCAAGAGUUGGGAGCUGAUUAUGUCGAAUAUGAUCUCGAGGUGGCUUCUAAGCUUGUGGAGGAAAACAAAAAGGAACGUAGUAGAGACAGCAAAAUUAUUGUGUCUUGCUAUGUGAAUGGAGUGACCCCUUCAGAAGAAGAUCUCAGCCAUAUUGUUGCAAGCAUUCAAGCUACCGGUGCCGAUAUUGCCAAACUCGUCAUCAAUGCAGCUGAUAUUACAGAAUUACCAAGAAUUUUUCACCUCUUAUCAUGUUGUCAGGUGCCACUGAUUGCAUACUCUUCAGGGGAAAGAGGUCUUAUAAGUCAGAUAUUGUCCCCAAAAUAUGGCGGGUUUAUGGUAUAUGGCACUAUAGAAGGAGAUUCUGUUCCGGGUUUACCCACUUUAGCUAGCCUCAGAGAAGCCUACAAAGUUCACUACAUAAAUGAGGAGACUAAAGUUUUUGGGCUCAUCUCAAAGCCUGUUGGCCACAGCAAAGGUCCUAUACUGCAUAAUCCCGUCCUUAGACACGCGAACUUCAACGGAGUUUAUGUUCCGAUGCUUGUCGAUGAUCUCCAGAAGUUCUUCGGUGCCUAUCCUAGCCAUGACUUUGUUGGAUUCAGUGUUGGAAUUCCAUAUAAGGAAGCUGUAAUUGGAUUCUGCAAUGAAGUCCAUCCACUUGCUCAGUCUAUAGCCGCGGCUAAUACGAUUAUAAGGAGGCCCGGUAAUGGAGAGUUGGUUGGUUACAACACAGAUUGUGAGGCUGCAAUAACUGCAAUAGAGGAUGCUCUAAUAAAAGAACACAUAUCCAUUAAUGGAAAAACAGCCAUGAAUGCUCCACUAUAUGGAAAGAUGUUUGUUCUAGUUGGUGCCGGAGGCGCAGGAAGGGCCUUGGCAUUUGGCGCCAGAAGUAGAGGAGCUCGUGUGGUCGUUUUUGACAUAGAUUUUGACAGAGCAAAGUCUCUUGCUUGCGCUGUAAAUGGCGAAGUAAGGCGUUUCAAAGAUUUAGACCAGUUCCAGCCCGAGAAAGGUGCAGUUCUUGCCAAUGCAACACCAAUUGGAAUGCAUCCAAAUACAGAUAGAAUUCCUGUUUCUGAGGCAAGCUUGGGAGAUUAUCAACUUGUGUUUGACUCGGUUUACAACCCAAGAAAAACCAGAUUAUUGAAAGAAGCAGAAGUCUCCGGCGCCAUCGUUGUGAGUGGAGUUGAAAUGUUUCUCCGACAGGCCGUUGGUCAGUUCAAUCUCUUCACAGGUGGACAAGCACCUGUGGAAUUCAUGCGCGAGAUUAUUUGGGAAAAGUUUUGAUGCUCUCCUUCAAAAGAAACAAACAUUCAAUUGUGUACAAUAUAUGUGACAAAUAGUAAAUUGCAUAUAAUUUGAUAUGCAAUAUAUGAUUUAGUCAUGGAAAUUUCACAUAAAUCGAGAAAUUUCCAUGGAUGGAAAAAUUCAUCUUUGGCACAGUUAAUGUUGUUGUAAUUCAUAUGAUUGAUCAUGAAAAGUUCUUUUAUAUCUUAUGCAACAAAAGAGCAAUACCAUUAUACCAACUUCAAAGAUUGCAGAAUAUAACAUCUGGCUAAAACGCCUACU